AUGGAAGGUGCAACACUGUCAGUGCCCCCUAUCGCUGACAGUACAUUUGCAGCAAUGGUAGAUGCAACACUGUCAGCGCCCCCUAUCGCUGACGCUGACUGUAUUAUGAAAGCAAUGGAAGGUGCAACACUGUCAGUGCCCCCUAUCGCUGGACUGUACAAUGGAAGCAAUAGUAGGUGCAGCACUGUCACCGCCCCCUAUCGCUGGACUUGUCACCCACAUUUGCGGGGCGCGUUCUUCUAUGAAGGAAAGAUGAAUUUGAAAAGAAAAUUUAUUUUUUCGUUUAUAUUGUUGUUUGGAAAGGGUUUUUGUGACGGGAAUUUUGAAGGACAAAAUGUUGCAUUGGGGAAAACUCAACAGACCGAUCAAGGUCCUGGAACGUUAGACGGAUUUAAAGCAAAUCUAGCUGUUGACGGAAAUGAAAGUCACUCUGCUGAUUCUGGAGCAUGCGCCCACACUACCGAGGGUAACGAUACAUACAAAGCAUGGUGGAAGUUAGACCUUGGACAGCCAUACUGGAUCUCUGGAAUUAAAAUUUUCAACAGAGAACACAAACAAACUUAUGCACUGCGGGAACGACUUUUUGGUAUGCUUGUAAAGGGAUUUGGAGGGUAUUCAAAUGGUAAAUGGUCAAAAGAGUUCAAUUUGUUCAAAGAUGACCACGAAGCAAGAGGAUUACAUUCCUGCAAUAACGUAUACCCAGAACGAGGGAAUGACGUAUGUGCAGAUAUUAUUGAAAUUGAAAUCAACCCCGCUAAACAAUUGAGUCUUAUAAAUAUAACAACGCCGAGUUAUUUGACUCUUUGCGAGGUUAAAAUAUUUGAAGUCGCUUGUCGAGUUCCAGACGCCCCAGAACACGGCAUGUAUCUUUAUCCUCAUGAUACUGUCUUAAAACGAUAUGCACCGUUUAAUUCUGUAAUAGUCGGCUCUUGUGACACUGGAUAUCCCAUUUCCAAUUCAAGCUCUGCCCUAAGGACAUGCUUGCAGUCCGGUUUCUUUGAUGGAAGUGAUUUUGAAUGUACAACAAAUUGCCAGAUACCACAUGUUGAGAAUGGUUUCUAUUCUACGAAUAGUCAACAGUAUGUAAAUGACAAGGUGCCGUAUGGGACGAUAAUUCAACCUAAUUGCAUAAAAGGAUAUUCUAUAGCGAGAGGUAACAAUCGGACAUGCCAAGAAGAUGGACAAUUCAGUGGGGGGGAUUCUAACUGCACGAUUGUCACUUGUUCGUCGUUUGGGAAACUUGGAAAUGGUACUUUGCAUUACAACGACGGACAUACUAUGAACCAGUAUGCUGACGGAAGCAAGAGCCACCCAUUUGGAGUGAAAGUAACAGCAUCAUGUGUUUCUGGUUUUCAACUUGUGCAUGGAUCAAAGGAGCAAACUUGUUCGGAAAAUGGAACUUGGGAUGGAGUCAAACCAGUAUGUGGUAAAAUUAAAUGCAACGACACAAGCAUCCUCAGUGUACGAUUUCAAAAAAGUGCUUCAGUGUUUUCUUUUUUGGAACGAGGAACUGCUUUGUACAACAGUAAUAACUUUUACCUCGUGAAUGGUAACUUGUCAUUCAGCUGCCUUGCGAACGGAAGUCUUUCAUGGGUAUCUCAGCCACCAGAACUUGCAUCGGUUUGUAAAUUGCAACAUAAGGAUAAUUUGAUAGUUAACACAAAUGGUUGCCUACAGAAAGACACAUGCAAAAUCGGCAACCGUGUUUCAUAUGAUUGUGUUGGAGACUACGAAGCGAGUGUUAAAAACGCAUCCUGUCAAGCUGAUCAUACAUGGAGUGCUGAGCCCAUUUGCACAUACCACGCACAAUCUACUAAAGCUGCAACAAUUGGUGCAUCUGUGGGAGGAAUUACUGUUGUUAUUGUUGUUGUAACAGUUAUAUUGGUUAUUUACCGACAAAGAAGGAAAGCAGCAAAAUUGUCAAGAGACCGCCGUUACAAAAGGCAGAUUGAGAAUGAUGGCAAGCCGUCGAAUGAUUAUAGCGAACUCAACGAAUUACAAAUAGUAGUACCGAAAGUUCAUACAGGAACAGAAGAGUACGCCUAUGCAACUGAUAUGUACGAGGAAGAAUUUAUGAAAGAACAGUCCUACUACAGCUUUGAAAACAGGAAGAAAAUACCAGAGACUGCUAUUGGUGUUGAUGACCUUUAUGAAGUAGUGUUAUCACCAGACUACGUAGAUACUAUGAAAAAUCAGUUUGAGGCUUUUCCCAAAGGUUUGACGGAAGACUACACUGAGGCGUUAAAGAUUAAAAAUCGAUCAAAAAAUAGAUACAAGAAAAUAUAUCCGUACGAUGAUACAAGAGUGAUUUUGCCUUUGGAUGACCAAUACAACUAUGAUUAUAUCAAUGCCAGUUACAUCCACGGCUAUAAUCGGACACGUGCAUUCAUUGCCUCCCAAGGUCCAACAAACGAAAUACUGGUUGAUUUCUGGAGAAUGGUGUGGGAAACAAAGAGCGGAAAGAUUGUCAUGCUGACCAACUUAACAGAGGAGAAAAAGAUGAAAUGCAUUCAGUAUUGGCCUGAUGAAGGAAGCGCUAAAUACGAUGAUUACAAAGUCACCAUUCGAGGCAAAGAAUACUUUUCGGAUUUUGUCAUUAGAGAAUUCACCAUAAAGAAAGCGGAAGCGGAAAAGAGAAAAAUCUAUCAGUUUCAUUUCACUGCCUGGCCAGAUAAAAGUGUGCCGAAGUAUGCAUCAUCUUUGGUCCAUUUUCGACAUAAGGUGGACACCACUACUGUUAAAUGGAAGGGCCCCGUUAUUGUCCAUUGCAGUGCGGGUAUUGGCCGUACGGGGACAUUUCUUGCCUUAAGUUUUCUGGCUGAACAAGCCUCCAUGAUGGGAUAUGUGGACCCUGUAGGCUGUGUGAACACGCUGAGAAGACAGAGGGUCGACAUGGUCCAAACACCGGACCAGUACAUAUUUCUGCACAUGGCACUUCUAGAGACGUUGAUGUUGUCCACAUCGGCUCUACCUGCUUCAAGUUUCCUUGGCGCCUAUGAAGAACUUCUGUUCUUCGACAAGGAUCGAAAGAAAAUUGAUGUGGAGUUCUCUAGGAUGGAGAAAAUGUCUCCCGUGGGUGAUGAAUGUCAAUACGUCAGUGCAAAAGAAGUGAGGAACAGGAAUAAGAAUCGGUAUUCAAACAUUCUCCCAGAUGCAGAUCACAUGCCGCACUUGACUCCUUCUGGUAAGAAGUCUGAGCCUGAUUACAUCAACGCUGUAUUCCUUCCGGGUUACAAGAAGAAGGGAGCUUUCAUUGUCACCCAAACACCUCUAGAGGCGACCAAGACUGACUUUUGGAGAAUGAUAGUUGAACACGAUGUCCGUACAAUCGUCAUGAUGAACAACAGAAGUGAGAUGAAGGAAGGCGAAAUAUAUUGGCCUGAAAAUGAGGACCCGGAAGCAUUUGAACACAUCACCAUUUUCACGACGGGAGAGGAAUGCGGAAAAGGGCUGCGAACGAUUUCGCUUGGUUUGAAACGGUUUGGAAAGACACGGGGACUUCAACAGAUACAGUUUGAAAGUUGGCCUGCUGGUUCAGCAUUGCCCUCUUCUCCUAAGGAUGUUUUAAACCUCCUUGAUGCAGUACAGUAUUGGCAACAUCAAUCCGGAAACAACCCUGUUCUCGUUCAUUGCAUGAACGGAGCAGACCGAAGCGGCCUGCUCUGCGUUGUAUCGGUGGUGUUGGAGAGGAUGAAGAUAGAACAAGAUGUUGCUAUAACCCAGGUCAUCAAAGAGAUGAGGAACUACAGGGAACAGAUUAUUCCCUCUCUGGAGCAGUUUCAGUUUGUUCAUGAAGUAGUAAAAGAAUACAUUCUGCAGAAUGAAACCUACUCCAAUUUCACCGACUGAGUCAGACGAUGGGACAAUUCCUUUGACAUCUCCUUCUGUUUAGUAAUAAGAGUGUAACCUUGAUCGCUUGUGUAAAUUUAUAAAUAGUCCGUUUCAGAGGGAAAGAAGGACGUGUUCGCCACUUUCAUACCUUACUGGAAGAAAACAAUUACACAUUAUUUCUGUCUUUAAUAAUGUUUCAUGUGCUUUUGUAAGUGACUCUUUCUGUUUGAAUGGACGUACGAGAGCGGACUGACUUCUUCGCGUGUUUGUUGUUUUUAAAGAAGCACCUUUUAACACAUGCCUGUGCGUUAAUGCUGUUAGAGGUUUCGACUGGUCUGUACAACGUUAAUUUUAUUAUAUUUUAAAUAUAUAGCAAUUGAAACGACUGCUAUAAGGUACUUCUUUAUUGGUAUAGAUCUGUAUAUAUGUAUAUUGAACGAUAUUAUGAUGUAUAGUAUCUGUAUUGCAUUAUUGGUAAAGGUACGUAUAUAUGUACAAUUAACAUUAUAUGCCU